CCGCCUCCGCCAUUUAGUCCUCCCGGCGGCGCGCCGGAGCGCCCGGGAGAAGCGGCGGGAGGGUCCGGGCCGGUCCUCGCGGGGCCCGCAUCAUGUCACGCCUGCACCGGAGCAGAAUUGCAGAAUUUGAAGAGAUCCUGAACGAGCCCAACAUUGUGCUGCAAAAGCUGCGGGAAUUUUGUUUCAACGGGAUUCCCUUCGAAGGUGGCUUGCGCUGUCUCUGCUGGAAGAUCCUCUUAAACUACCUUCCUCUGGAAAGGGGGACUUGGAAUUCCCAGCUGAGGAAGCAAAGGGAAUUAUAUGCGCAGUUCUUGAAGGAAAUGAUUAUCCAGCCGGGAAUAGCUAAAGCUGAACUUGGAGUCUUCAGAGAGGAUGUCACCUUGGACGACCAUCCGCUGAAUCCCAACCCCAACAGCCAGUGGAACACUUACUUCAAGGACAACGAAGUCCUGUUGCAGAUCGACAAGGAUGUCCGGCGACUGUAUCCCGAUAUGGCUUUCUUCCAGCGCCCGACGGAGUAUCCUUGUCUGUUGAUCCUUGACCACCAGAAUGAAUAUGAGACUCUUCGCAAGCGGGUGGAACAAACCACCCUCAAAUCGCAGACAGUGGCACGGAACCGAAGUGGGGUAACUAAUGUGAGCUCCCCUCUUAAAACACCGGUGCUGAACGAAUACGAAGUUCUCCCUGAUGGCUUCGAAGCCCACUGGGAAGUUGUGGAACGAAUCCUGUUCAUUUACGCCAAGCUGAACCCCGGAAUUGCCUACGUCCAAGGGAUGAACGAAAUUGUGGGGCCCCUCUAUUACACCUUUGCGACAAACCCCAACAGCGCAUGGAAAGAGCACGCCGAAGCCGACACCUUCUUCUGCUUCACCAACCUCAUGUCUGAGAUCAGGGACAACUUCAUCAAGAGCCUGGAUGACUCCCAGUGUGGGAUCACCUACAAAAUGGAGAAGGUCUACGUCAUCCUAAAGGAGAAAGACAGGGAGCUGUACAUGAAGCUGCAAGAACAGAACAUCAAGCCUCAGUUCUUCGCGUUCCGCUGGCUAACACUGCUGCUCUCACAAGAGUUCCUGCUCCCGGACGUCAUUCGCAUCUGGGACUCCCUCUUCGCCGAUGACAGCCGCUUCGACUUCCUCCUGCUAGUCUGCUGCGCCAUGUUGACGCUCAUCCGGGAUCAACUACUGGAAGGGGAUUUUACUGUAAAUAUGCGGCUUUUGCAGGACUACCCUAUCUCUGAUGUCCACCUGAUUCUGAAGACAGCAAAGGAUCUUCAGGAGUCGAAGUAGCUCGUCCAUCCAAAGGUUCGGCAGGUGUGAUGGUUGCUUGUCCCCUCUGUGGAGGACCUCUGGAGGAAGUCACGCUUCUUCUCUUCCAAAAUCUCCUCGACCGGAAAUAAUGACUCCUCCUUGCCACAUCCUUUGGGCAAGGGACUCUUAAGGAGAUGAGCUACAAGGACCCUCUCGAAAGGCCCAAGAAGCAGGACCCACCUGGGGUUGGACUCCACGGGAAAGAACCAGCCCUUUGGGGGAACUUCUUCUGCAAGCUGCCAGUCCAGCUUCUGCGUCAUAGGUUUUGGGAUAAGUUCUUCCCAGUCGCUCCCAAUCCAGAUCCCAAGGUCUGGAGCCUUCCUGUUAGAUUCCUUCCUCCUUUGUUUGGAGGCCAGCUUUUCCUGGAAGCUUAAAAGAAGAAGGAAAAAAAUGGAACAAUGCUAGAAAGGUCUCCUUAGCCACAAUGCCUUGGAGCGGACCGUCUUCCUCCAUUGCUGAAACAUGGAAUUUUCUAGAUGGGGACGUUCAAAUCCAGAGCAACAUGCUUGCUUAGACUCUCAGUUGUCACCCCUGUUGCGUUUCCCGACUGCCUGUGAUGUGUCAGUGCUCUGCCAUGAAUUAUUCCCCCCGAAUUGGUAAAAGCCUGUCCUCGGCCACAAAUUCCUCCGAUAAAAGAGUUUCCUGCGAGCCAAAAUAACUGAUAAUUUAAGGAUGGAAGACUUCUCCAUGCUCUGCUAGGUAUCUGCUUGCAGGGAAAAUUUCAGUGAAUUUCCAGUGAACAUCGAUGCAAAGUGAUUAUUCUAGCAGUGAAAAGAGGAUUUUGAUUAUUUUCAGAACUCUGCCGUGUUAAUGACGUCCUAUUCUGGGUUAGUUUGAGUUCCCAAAAGUUAAUCAGGCCUUUGUGGCAUAUUUGAAGAGGUAACUAUUUUUUCCUCUAAUUAAAUUCAAGAUAACGUGUAGGGUUUGUUUUUUCAUUUGGGGGGUGGUUGAGGGAAUGCUGUUAUCUUGAAUAAAAGAGGGAAAUUAGAAGUUCGAUGUAGCUGAGCAAAACAAGACUUUUUUCCCCCUGUGUUUUGAUGCCAGUCACAGAAUUUUGAUUCUAAAAUCGUUUUCAAACAGCCCCGAAAGACGUCAUGUUUUAUGCUGUGUUUAAAGAGGAUUCAAAAUAAGAAUUCUGCUUUUUCCAAGAAGAAUGUGCAAAGGAUUAUUUCCGGCGUCCUUCUUGCUUCUACUCCCAAUUUUGCAACAGGAAAUACCCCGAGGGUCCAUUUUAUGGCUUUCUUUUUCUUUUCUUUUUUUUUUGAUAAUACAUAAUGGAACCAGAAACCAGGAGAUGAUAUCAAAACAUUUCUAAAUGUAUACAUCAACCCCGCUGCAGGAAAUGAAUUUUUGCUUUAUUACAAAAGGAAGAAAAUUAGCACGAACCAUGGAGCUUCAACAGUUAUAUUCCAUAUGUUCCCUUAAUUAUUACGUAUUAUCUUGGUGGAGGGAAAUGGCUCUGUAGUAAGGAGUAUGUUGGGCACUUUUGAAGGCUGCCUGAAAAUUAGCCUUACAGCUUUUAUACAGCAUAAUCACUGCCAAAUCCUAUAGCGUAGUUUCCUGCCUCCUUCCUCAGAGCAAACUGAAAAAGACACAAAACUGCAAAACUUGCACGAACAGUGAAACUGCCGCUUAGCAUUUGACAUUCCCUGUAGAAGGAACAAAAAAAUAAAGCUUGCAAAAAAAGAGGGGGGGCUUUUCUCCCCAAAAUACAGAUUAGGUUUCUUGCAAGACAGAAAUGACAGCUGUCUUUCAACUAUAUUUUUUUUUUUCAUUUUUUCCUGGAUAAUUGUCUUUUUCUUUUUUAAAUUUUGAUGGCAGCCACAUAUUGGAUACGGUGUGCGAUAGGUAGCAGCUGGUUUUUGGGUGGCCUAAAAUUAUUCUCUGUCAGUUAAAUUGAAUGUAAAAAAAAAAUGUUCAGAUUGUGCUACUUAAAAUCUCAUGCUGCAAUGAAGGGACAAAAAAUGUGUGUGUGUGUGUGUGUGUUUGUAUAAAAAAAAAUCCAUUUUCUUGCAUAUUGGAGUAGGUCAAGAUUUUUACACACUCAUGCACACCAUCCCACAAAACUGCUUAGAAUCAUUGAUUGAGCCUAUUGUUACUUCCAAGUUCAGUGUGUAAAAAAUGUUUUUGUGAAUCUUUCUGGCAACACUCUACACAAAGAGGUGGAUAUUUUUGUUUUUCUUGGCGGAUAUAAUAGAUCGGAUUGACUCAAUUUUGCUGCCAUUUUGUUUUGCUGUCCUGCCAAAUCUUGCGUUCGUUCUUUAAUUUUUACGUAUUCCUACUACUUUCUGAAAUAGCCUUUUUAUUUCUACUGGCUAAAUUAGUUUCUUGCUUUUGAGCAUCUGAUGUAGAAUUGUG